CACCGGGACCCCCAAAAACACCUCCCGGGGACCCCCGAUAGCCCCCCAAGGCGCAUUUGCGGCUCAGCUUUGGGGUCCUGCAACACCCAAACAUCCUCUCCCUCAAAACCCCACAAACCCAGAGCCCCCCCAGACAUUCGGGGCUCGGCUCUGGAGUCCCGCAGCACUUUCUCUCUCCUCUCUUGCCCGGCCCCGUUUCCCAGCUCCGGCCCAGCCCCGCGGCAGCACCAACGCGGCAUCCAAGCCCCGGGGCCAUUCCUGCUUCCCUUCCCGGCCUUUCCCGGGCCCAGCCCGGCUCUCCUGUUCUAUCCCACCCCCGCACCGAGCUUUGGGGGGCACGGCGGGGAUUGGGGGGCUCUGCUGGGCCACGAAGGGACCCCAAGGGAAGCCCUUUCCCGCCGUCCCACCUCCCCUUAUUCCCCCUCUCCCACCCCUUUCCCACCGUCCCCCCAAACCCCGGCUCCUUCCCAGCUCCCUUUGGGAGUGACCCACCGCCCCUCGCGCUCAGUUUGGGGGUCCCAUCCCCUCUUUUCCCCCUCUCUUCCCCCCUUUCCCACCGUGUCCCCCCCGCUCACCCGAGAGCUCCGCGGCCGCAGGGACGGAACAGGAAAAGGCGGAGCGGGAGGAACGGGAGGGGAUAAAGGAGGAAAAGGAAACGAGAGAGGAUCGCCCCGCCCCGUCCCGCACGUUCCUGGGAAGAAGGAGCUCGUCCCAAAAAUCUUGCAGGAUUUCUCCUUCCCAAACCUUGGCCAGAUGGAGGAGAAGACUGUGAGGAAGAGGAAGAUGCCCCAGGACCCCCAGGCAGGCCCCGAGCUGAGGACGGAGAGCCUGGAGGACAAAUCCCCCCGGCAGAGCCUGGUGGGAGAGGCCGUUUUGAAGGGCUCCACGGCGCAGGAAGGCAGCGGGGAGGGAAAGCCACGAAGGUACCCCAGGAGGAGGGUCUCCAAAGCCAGCCCAGGGUGCUCCCAGGAGGAAAGAGCCACCCUGUGCCGGGAAGGUGGCCGGAGCUUGAGCCAGAGCUCCAACCUGGAGGUCCAUGAGCAGUUUCACACCAGGGAGAAACUCUUGAAGUGUUUGGAGUGUGGGAAGUGCUUCAGGCAGAGCUCUCACCUCCUUUCCCACCAGCGCACCCACACCGGAGAACGUCCUUACACAUGUGGGAAAUGUGGGAAGAGCUUCAGUGACAGCUCUGCCCUGAGCAGACACCAGAAGAUCCACACUGAGAAACGGCCCUACAAGUGCUUGGAAUGUGGGAAGUGCUUCAGACAGAGCUCCAACCUCCUUGCCCAUCAGCACAUCCACACUGGAGAACGUCCCUACACAUGUGGGAAAUGUGGGAAGAGCUUCAGUGACAACUCCACCCUGAGCAGACACCAGAAGAUCCACACUGAGAAACGACCCUACAAGUGCUUGGAAUGUGGGAAGAGCUUCAUCGAGAGGUCAACCCUGAGACGACACCAGCAUAUCCACACUGGAGAGCGGCCCUACAAGUGUGGGAAAUGUGGGAAGAGCUUCAGCCGCAGCUCCCACCUGAUCAUCCACCAGAUCAUCCACACCGGGGAGCGACCCUUCAAGUGCUUGGAAUGUGGGAAAAGCUUCAGUGACAGCUCCUACCUCCUCACCCACCAGAAGAUCCACACUGGGGAACGGCCCUACAAGUGUGAGGAAUGUGGGAAAAGCUUCAUAAAGAGCUCCAAUCUCCUCAGCCACCAGCGCAUCCACACUGGGGAACAGCCUUACAUGUGUGGGGAAUGUGGGAAGAGCUUCAGACAGAGUUCCCACCUGAUCCACCACCAGCAGAUCCAUACUGGGGAACGACCCUAUCCAUGUGAAUGUGGGAAGAGCUUCAGCCGCAUUUCCAGCCUCCUCACCCACCAGCGGGUGCACAGCGGAGAGCGGCCCUACACGUGCUUGGAAUGCAGGAAGAGUUUUAGCGACAGCUCCACCCUCAUCCGCCACCAGAAGAUCCACACUGGGGAACGGCCCUACAAGUGUGGGGAAUGUGGGAAGAGGUUUCAGACCAGCUCGAAUCUCCUCAAGCAUCAGCGGACACACACGGGGGAGAGGCCCUUCUGCUGCACCGACUGCGGGAAGAGCUUCAACCAGAGCUCCCACCUCAUCAGGCACCGGCACAUCCACAGCGGGGAGAGGCCCUACAAGUGUGACGAGUGUGAAAAGAGCUUCUCCCACAGCUCUACCUUGACCAAACACCAACGGACCCACCAGUAAGAGAAGCCCUGCAAGUGCCCUGAUUGCAGGAAGAGCUUCGUCCGCUGCUCCAACUCCAUCAACCAUCAAAGGACCCAUGUUGGGCACAGACCUGCUGACCCACAUUCCAAGUGAUCCAUGCUGGGCAGUGUAUUGGGUUUGCCAGGUUUUGGUAGCAGGGGGACUCCAGGGCUGGGUUCUGUGAGGAGCUGCCAGAAACCUCCCCAUGUCCAAUGCCUGUCCCGACCCCCACUGAGGAAGAGGGUGACCCAGGUUCUUGUUAAUUGAUGCCUUGGGGCAGAUUAGAGUUAAAGGACGGUGAAUGAUUGGUGGUUAUAACUAUAAAUAGUAGAGUUUAGUUUAGAAUACUUUGGUUGCCAUAUAAAGCAGGUUUGGAGCAGUUUUGGUUCCUGUCUAUAGUGAUAGAAAGCAUAAAAAUAACACUUAAGAAAAUGUAUAAGGGAAAAGAAAGAAUCAGAGUAGAAAGAUGCAGUCUCACCCUGAGGAUCCAGCACAGACUUGGUUGGUGCAAUUCCCACGUCCCUUGGUCCAAGUGAUGGUCGAGGUGUUUUACAGUUGGGGGUGGGGGAAGCCCCUGAAACACAGUGAGUUAAUACAUGUUCAGGUUCAGGAACACCCAGGUUCCUCCCCUGGGAGCAGUUUUACACUGUCUGAUGUAACCCUGGGGAUCACGGGGCACUUUGGGGGUCCUUGAUGGUUUGAGGCCCCUUCUCACACAUCACCCUGCCUCUCACAUCUGUGGUUGAGCCAGUUGUGGCCCCUGAGAAGGGAUGAAAACUUCCAGGCGACGUGGGAAUGUCCCAGUCCUUCCCCAGGGGGAGUUUUCCCCCUGAGCCAGUUGUGUAAGGGAGGACAUUACCCUGAUCCAAAGCACUGUCCCUGCUGGCAGGAUCUGCUUCUGAGGGGCCUCUUCCCUUCUCUGGCUCCAAACCCAGCCUGUCCUCUUGGGGGGUGGGUGUUCCCCCCCUCUGUCCCUGGGCAGUUCCUUUGCCCAUGGGCAGCAAAUGAGGGGGGCUUUGAGGGGAACAUGCAGGGCAGGGGUUGGGGCCGAGGUUGGGGGUGAGAUGGGCAUAACUGGCCUCCAAGAUGGAUCAAGAAUUCGGACCCCCAUGAGUCCUCCUUGUGUCACCCCACUGGGGGGCUCCUGAGGGGCCACCUGUUGCCUAAAAUUGUCUCUUAAAGAAACCUCUAGGACCCAGUUGGUGAGUUUUAGCAGCAGACAUUCUUUAUUACGAUGUGCUGCACGGUCACACACAUCGGGUGCCCUGGGAAUCAGUUCCCAAAGUGCACACAGAGGUGUCUCCACUGCAGCUGAUAUGUCAGCGUUACAUGAUUAUUCAUUUUUCAUUCCCCACUGUAGGGGCAUUCCUGUUAUGUAUUCAUGACAUUUCCCAACACUUAUUAGCAUAUAUGCAUAUCCUUAUAAGGUCUCUGAGGGGCUUCAUCGUGAGUGUCUCAUGGUCGUCUGUGUCUGGAGCCCCCAAAGUUCUAAGUGACCACCUUAUGAACUUCUUUAAGACAAUUCACCUGAGUUACUCAGUAUUGCUUGGCUGCUGCCUCAGUUCCCUUCUUCAUUGUUUCAUUACUUUGCUUGGUUAGUACCUUUAAAUCCCUUGCAUCAGCUCUGUGGAGUUUCUAUGGUACAUUCUGCUGCAGAAGCUUAGUCCUUGUUACAUCUCAAAACUCAAAUAUCACUCCCCUGUUUUUCUUAAGACUUGGCCAUUAGGCCAAUGUCUCAUUAUUCAAAGCAUACUUUGAACCAUAAGUGACUACAACAGCUACAGCAUUAAAUCAUAAUGCAAGAUAAUACACAAACAUGGAUUAUAAUUUUUAUGGUUCAGUCUGUUGGCCUUUCCAAUCAAAUGGAGCUUUCUUAACUCGAGGAUAGUGUGUCCAAGGUCCUUCUUUGGAAUUGUAACUGCUGUAAAUGGGGUCAACAAAGCCUGGAAAGGGCCUUUCCCCUUUGCCUGAGGGGGCUCAGAGUCCCCCCAUUUGACGUGGACCCAAUGGCCAGGCAGGGACAGAUAGGCUGGGGCGUCCAAUCCACUGGCCAAGGUGUCACCACGAAUCUCUGGAGUUUCUGCAGGGUGGAUCCUAAAGUGUCCAUUAGUUCAUAGGGGCUUAAAUAGUCUCUUCUCCCAGGCUGACCCUGAAUUCUCAGCAAUGCCAUAGGCAGGGCCUGCACCGAUGUCCUUGAGGUUUCCUGGCAAAUGUUACUUGUCUUGUGUCCCACUGCUGCAAUAAAAUCUGAUCCUUUAUCUGAUGACAUUCCUAGAGGAAUUCUGAACCUGGGAAUAAUGCAGUUUAAGAGAACCUUCAGUACUUCUCUUGCAUUAUUGGUGCAAUAAGGACAGAGCUCUGGCCAUCCACUAAAGGUAUCAACUAGCACUAAAAAUGUACCAAUAUCCUUCUUUCCGGGGUAACUCAGUAAAAACUAUUUGCAGAUAAUCUCCAGGAAGAUUUCCAGCUUUUGUGACUCCUACAGUUAUUUUAUUGCUAGUGUUUGGGUUCUUUCAUGCUCUUUUUACAUAUUUUUUUCCCAUAUUUAUAGGUGGGGCUGUCACCUGCCCUGUAGGGGUGACAGCCCAUCCUGUACCUUGAAAGUCAGCUUUGAGCAAUUCCAUUCACUGAAAGUCCUUUUUUAUUGUACUUUGGGGCAAUUUUAGGUAACAUGACCUCCUUUUCUGGGACUAAAGCCAGAAUGUCUUUUUCUGCUGCUUCUUUUGCAGAUUUGUCAGCAAAAUGGUUUCCAGUUUCAGAGAAAGUUUUCAAUGCCAAAUGUUGCCCUUUUUCCUUAAGUCCAGGGCUAAGAGCAGUUAGUUCUGCUUUCUGAGCAGAGACAGUCGUUGGGGAGGCCAAGAUUCGAUUCCCUUGUCUGGAGUGGUCACUGCACACCCUGUCACUCGUUUUCCCUCCCAAACAAAGCUGUUUCCAUUGUGUACAAUUCCCAGUCAGGGUUUUUGGCUGGAAUAGGCCUUGGCUCUUCACUGAUGCCCAGGAAAUUGUGCAAGCACUCCCAGAGCAACAUUCUGUCUCUCAUAGGUAAACAGUUCAAAUGAUUUUGAGAGAUCUGGCAGACCCAGAGCCGGGGCUCUCAUCAGGAAAUGCUUUGGCUGUUUAAAGGCUGCUCUUGCACUGUCUGUCCAGGCGAGGAAAUUCUUACAGGCUGUGUUUAAAAGCUCAUCUAAUGGUCUUACCAAAGUCCAUAGUGAGCAAUCCAGAGUCAACACCAUCCUGCCGUUCCCAAGAAGGCACUUCAUGAACUGUUCAUGGCUCGGGGAGGAGUCAGGUGGCUUCUUCUCCUCCUUCACAGUUUCUGGAUUGUCUCAUUCCUAAACAAAGAUUUCUUGGCUUUCCUUGCUCAAGGGGAUGCAGGAAAAGACAUCUUGUAAAUCUAAAACUGUAAAUGAUUACAGGUUAUCAUUUAAGGGAGUUCUCUCAGGUCCUGCCCUAAUCAAUAAUCUUUCCCAUUUGCUUUCUUAAUGGGUACUUGUAUUCCCAGUCUACAAGCAAAUCAUGCUUAGCAAAUUUGUGUGCUACUGGAACCAAUCCAACUUGGCUUUCUAAUUUCAAAGGAUUCUGCUUUUGCCUUAUCAGUAAGGUAAUUCUUAAGGGUAAUUACCCUUAAGGGCUUAAGGGUAAUUCUUACAGGUGCUGCCUUUCCUGAUUUUCAUAGAAUCCCACUGGCCCACACGAUAGGAACAACUGCAUCUUCAGCUUCCCUUGGGAUGUUGCUGCUAACUGGAGUUAUUUCCUGCUCAAGAAGAGCUGCUGCUUCAACAUAUUUAGUCUCAGCAAUUACAAUUUCAGUGUGCCCAUUUUUAAAUUUAAUUUCUGCCUCAAGUUUUCCAAUCAAUCUCUUCCUAGCAAAGGUUUAGGGGAGUUUGGCAAAUAGAGAAACCAAUGAUUAUUUUCCUAAUUUAACCCCUGUCACACCAAUAACCUUUGCAGUGUCAUUCCUUAAUUCUCCUUCUGUUGUGUUAAGAACUGAGUUGCACCUGUGCCUGACUAAUACAUGGGCAACCCAGACAGUGGGGACUCCACCCCACACCUUUGAACCAGACAAUAGUGUCAACAUCAUGCUCAGGAUAUAAAGUGGGGGAGAGAAGGAGGAAGGGGGGACCUUUGGAGUGAUGGAGUUUGUCUUCCCAAGUCACUGUUCUGUGGGAUGGGGCCCUGCUCUCCUGGAGGUGCUGACCACCUGCCCAACCAUGGGAAGCAGGGAAUGAAUUCCUUGUUUUGCUUGUGUGUGCAGGUUUUGCUUGUCCUUAUUAAACUGUCUUUAUGUCAACCCAUGAGUUUUCCAGCUUUUCCCCUCCCAGUUCUCUCUCUGAUCCUGCUGGUGGGGAGUGAGAAGUGGCUGGGAGGGGCUUGGGGGCUGGAUGGGAUGAAACCACAACAGCCUUUGUUGGUGUCCAGCGUGGAGCUGGGAGUGUUGGAGAUACUGACAGGUGGGAUUGGGAUGUGCUGCUGGAAUUUACAGCUGCUGGUGCUGUCUGGAGCUCCUGGCUGUCUGUCAGAAUCUGGUGCUCCUUAGUGGCUGCUCGUUGCUGUCACUGCUGCUGAGCUGCUCAGCUCUGAUCACCUCACUGUGCUGUGCCUGGGAACGUUGGGCAACAGCCCCGGCGAUGUGCCCGGACUGGCAGGAGGCCCGGGAAUUGCUGCUGCACUGGACAGGCUGGAACUCAGUGUGAACUUGAGCUGAAGGGCCUGUGACCUGUGGAUGAGUCCAGGAUGGAGCAGAGACCCCCCUGCAGCCUGGGGAGGAGCCCACGCCAGAGCAGGGAUGCCCAAAGGAGGCCGAGAGCCCGUGGGAAGCCCCUUGCAGAGCCUCGGAGAGAGGAGCCCACGCAGAACAAGCUCCUGCAGGACUUGUGACCCCGUUGGGGACCCACGGUGGAGCAGCCUGUUCCCAGGGGACUGAACCCAUGGAAGGGACCCACAAUGAAGCAGGGGAAGGACUUCUGUCCCUGAGGGGGAAGCAACAGCCACAAACAUGUGAUGAACUGACCAUAAUCUCAAUUCCCAUCUCCCCUGUACCACCAAGGGAAAGGAGGGAGGGAAUCGGGGACAAAGUGAAGCUCAGUGUUUUUUUCAGGAUUUGUUUCACUUCUCAUUCUCCUGCUCUGAUUUGGCUGGUCAUAAAUUGAGUUAAUUUCCCCAA